UAUCUGUGUAUAUGAUUAUGAGCACAUGUCUCUGAGCUUUGCUAAAAAUAAAAUACUUGUUUCUUGUUGAUGUCAAUGCCAAAUGGAGCCUGUUGAUGAAGUCGAAGCGGCUUGUGAAGAGGUAGAUCCCAAUAAGCUUAUAUCUAAGAACGGUGUUCUUGGAUAUGAACGUACAAAUGGGUUUGAAGAGAUAACAAAUUUCGACGUAAAAGUCGAUGGGUAUGUUGGGGAUGGAGAAGGGAGUGUUAUAGGGUACAUCAUCCGUAUAAUUUUAGCAGUGAGGGAUCCAUUUAUAUCGGCAGAUAAUGACAGAUCGUCAAGGCAAUUUUUUUUAACCAACCGGCAGCUUGGUAACAACACAACGAUAGUAAACUGCCUCACUGCAAAAUUCCCACCGCUGUGGAUUGCCCAGUCAAAGGACAUGUUUCUGCCGCAGUUUGUAUACAGUCUAUGCAAGGAGUACAUGAAAACUCCAAGUGAGGAAAUAAAAAGUUUCAAACCUGUAGAGAUUGUUGGAAAACAAAAAACUGAUGAUGUAUGGGUUUUUAAUCCACAUGUGCAUGUCGACAAGAAUGGAAGGCUUAUCCCGCAAGACGAAAGAGCAUAUGUUUCGAUGGAAGCAAGUAGCUUGCCAUAUUUACGAAAUAUUAGCAGUGAUUUAGAUGAUGGAGCAGCAUUUAAACGACUUUUGGUCACGGAGAAGGCGUUGUUUCAAAACAACUAUCCCCAAGUUGUGUUGGCCCAUGCUGGCAGUAGCAUGGCGUGUAAUUAUGAUCUUAUAUUAAAAAAAUUUGAUGGAUGUGCCAUUCCAGUGCUCAUGGGACCAUCAGUAUCGGGAAAGACUACCGCCUUGAAAGCUGUAAUGAGUAUAUUUGGCAUACGAAAAUUUACGUGUGAAUCCAGCAGCAGAUAUAUAGAAAAUCGACAAAGCAACACAACUAUUCCAUUUGGUUGGGAUGAUGCGUCCGAUAUGAAGGUCCUAAAAAAUGUUUCAGUCAAUUCUUUUAAUGGCUGUGGAAGUUCCACAAUGAAGAACACCUUGCAGCCGCAUACUGUUCCCGUGGUCUCCACGAACCUUGACACAUCGGAAAAAAAGAUUAAUUCUCGGUGGUUGCGAAUUGAAUUUAAAGCACUUUCGCCAAGGCUAACUGGAAAGGAUAAAGUCUUAGCUGAGAUGAAUGUUAAAGCAGCUAUGAAUGAAGCGCACAAAAGCAUUUGCGUUGUCACUACCUGUAUGCAUAACAAUCUCGAAGAAUGCACAGAAAACGACACUUACUUCACUAUUUUGGAAGAGCUAGAGGAAGAAAUAGAAAAAAAGGGCAUGCAAAUUGAUGAUAGAGUCAAACUUAUGAUGGGACUUCUGCUUUUCUCUGCCAAAAAGAUUUUGGAAAAAGUUGAUCUAGCUGACGAUUAUGUCUUGGUAUGGGAGACAAUGAAAGAAGUUAUUUUGCCAGGCUACACAUUAAGAGAAUCAGAACAGCAGCCCACAUCGAAUGAGAAGUGUCAGAAUAAUGCAAAUGUAAUUCAUAAACUUCUACAUGAUCACUUGCUCCCUUUAGCGGCCAAAGAGGAUCCAAAUUACGUGAUGCGUUUUAUUGAUAAUGACCAUAAUCCUUCAAAAUGCACAUGCGGAAAGUCGGUGGUGUUCCACGUUAAAGAUGUGGUGGAGUUCCUGAGAAAAAAAGCGUCAGUAACUGGCGAUCAGUUAUUGUCAUCAGUAACUGAAAAUUCAGUUCGUCGUUUCAUAAAAUCGAGAGAUAUUGGUUGCGUUGGGGUGCAAGUACGAUUCCGACGGAGGCCCAAGCAAUGUAACGCGGCACAUAUACAGAGGAUCUGGUUUGAUCCAAAUGACCUCUCUGUUUUGGAUGAAAAACUUGGGAAGAGGAAUGAUAAAAGUGGGACAAAAGUGCAAACCAUUCUUGACAACGACAGUGUUUUGACAAAUGUAGAAACCAUUCUUGACAACGACAGUGUCUUGCCAAAUACACAAACCAUUCUUGACAACGACAGUGUCUUGACAAAUGUAGAAACCAUUCUUGACAACGACAGUGUCUUGCCAAAUGCACAAACCAUUCUUGACAACGACAGUGUUUUGACAAAUGUAGAAACUAUUCUUGACAACGACAGUGUUUUGACAAAUACACAAACCAUUCUUGACAACGACAGUGUCUUGACAAAUGUAGAAACUAUUCUUGACAACGACAGUGUUUUGACAAAUACACAAACCAUUCUUGACAACGACAGUGUCUUGACAAAUGUAGAAACUAUUUUUGACAACGACAGUGUUUUGACAAAUGCAGAAACUAUUCUUGACAACGACAGUGUCUUGCCAAAUACACAAACCAUUCUUGACAACGACAGUGUUUUGACAAAUGUAGAAACCAUUCUUGACAACGACAGUGUCUUGACAAAUGUAGAAACCAUUCUUGACAACGACAGUGUUUUGACAAAUACACAAACCAUUCUUGACAACGACAGUGUCUUGACAAAUGUACAAACCAUCUUUGACAAGGGUGCCUUGGCAAAUACACAAAAAACAGUUGAAAAUGACGUUCAAAACCUUAAAAGCAAAGACAGCAAAGGUGGUAAAAGAAAACGGAGAAUGGCAGAUGGUUUGUUCGAUAAAUUGCACAGUGGACUCAAAGAUAAACGUACACGAAAUGGUAAAUAAGGUUAAUUACAUCGAUGGAGCCGGAGUGUUAACUGCAUGGUGUUGCUGUAGUACUUGUGGACUACGUGAUCUGGCAAAGUUGUUAAACAUUAUUUAAUAUGUUUUUGUGUUGAAAUUUGGUUGGCAUAUAUGGGCGAACAUAAUUAGAGUGUUAAAUGCUGAACGCAAAUAGCGACGAGAUAUUACAUACUUCAUUAUAAGUUGCUUCAUGCAAUCUUAACAAUAUGUCAAUGUUAGCAUAUGUCUUGAUAUAAAAAACAAUAAUCAAUAAAGUACUUGAGUUUUAACAUCAACAU